AUGGAUCCGCGCAAUUCAGAGAAGCCAUCCUCCCCGAUAGAGCCGCGAUACCUGAACUUCAAACAUUCACAACCAGGUUCUGGUCUCAACAGAUAUUCCUCAACAUUGACUCGCGAACAUGACUUUCCUGCUGCACAGGCAAUGCUGUAUGCUGCCGGUGUUCCGAAUGAAAAUGCGCUCAAGAAUUUUCCACAUGUAGGCAUUGCGAGCGUAUGGUGGGAAGGAAACCCGUGCAAUAUGCACCUCCUAGAUCUCGGCAAGGAGGUCAAGAAAGCAGUCGAGAAGCAAGACAUGUUCGGCUGGCAAUACAACACAAUCGGCGUGAGCGAUGGUAUUACCAUGGGAGGUGAAGGCAUGCGCUUCUCACUGCAGACCAGGGAAAUUAUAGCAGAUUCUGUUGAGACGGUCACGUGUGCACAACAUCACGAUGCGUGUAUCGCAAUACCGGGUUGUGACAAGAACAUGCCAGGCGUCGUCAUGGGCAUGGCGAGGCACAACCGCCCUUCGAUCAUGAUAUAUGGAGGUUCGAUUCAGCCAGGCUAUUCGAAGGUGCUCCAGAAGCCCAUCAACGUCAGCACUACCUUCGAAGUACAUGGAGCAUUCUUGUUCGACACUCUGCGUAACCCCAACGAUCCGAGCCAGACCAAGGAAGAGAUUCUGACGGACAUCGAGAGGAAUGCUUGUCCAGGCCAGGGUGCUUGUGGAGGCAUGUAUACCGCGAACACGCUUGCCACUGCCAUUGAAACAUUGGGCUUGUCAUUACCGGGCUCGUCAUCCACACCGGCAUCAAGUCCUGUGAAGAUGCGAGAAUGCCAGAAGGCUGCCGAGGCGAUCAAGGUGUGCAUGGAAAAGAACAUUCUACCUCGCGAUUGCUUGACCAAGGCCUCCUUCGAAAAUGCCCUGGUUAUGAUGAUGGCGCUCGGUGGCUCGACCAACGGCGUACUUCACUUGCUUGCAAUGGCAGGUACAGCUGAAGUCGAUCUUACGCUCGAUGACUUCCAGAGGGUCAGCGACAAGGUCCCCUUCAUCGCAGAUAUGGCGCCUAGCGGGAAACAUCUUAUGGUUGACCUCUACGAUGUUGGUGGAGUACCUUCCGUGCAGAAACUGCUCAUCGCGGCUGGUCUGCUUGAUGGCAGCACUAUCACGGUGACCGGAAAGACGCUCGCCGAGAAUGUUGAAAGCUGGCCAUCUCUUAAACAAGGUCAGGAGAUAAUCCGAAGCCUCGACAACCCCAUCAAAGCCACCGGUCACUUGGAAAUUCUCUAUGGCAACCUUGCGCCCAACGGAGCUGUUGCCAAAAUCACCGGCAAGGAGGGCAUGCUCUUCAAGGGCAAAGCCCGCGUGUUCGAUAAAGAGCACGAGCUGGAUGCGGCAUUAAACCGAGGAGAAAUUCCUCGUACCGAAAACCUUGUCCUCAUCGUCAGAUAUGAGGGUCCCAAAGGCGGUCCAGGCAUGCCAGAGCAACUGCGCGCCUCGGGAGCAAUCAUGGGAGCAGGCCUGAAGAACGUCGCACUCAUCACCGAUGGUCGCUACUCCGGCGCCUCGCACGGCUUUAUCGUCGGUCACAUCUCCCCGGAAGCUGCCGUCGGUGGUCCGAUCGCGUUGGUACAGGACGGCGACAUGGUCACGAUUGAUGCUGAGAGUAAACGCAUCGAUAUGGACGUUGACGAGACGGAGAUUGCACGGCGCAGAAGUGAAUGGAAGGCCCCGAAGCCGACGGUGACGCGUGGUGUGUUGGCGAAGUAUGCGCGUCUGGUUGGCGACGCGAGUAAAGGCGCUUUGACGGAUGUUUUUGAAUUUUGA